AUGGACAGAUUACCCUAUCCACUCCUUUUUGACAUUAUGCAUUAUCUCGACCCCUCUUCUCUUUUGACUAUGGCCCAAACGAACAAAUUCAUGUCUAUCCCUGCUCUUCAAUCGCUGUGGAAAAAACCAACUCUUAGUUCUCAUCAUAUGCUGUCCUUGUUUACAUCUUCUCUUAACGCCUCUAGUACUUCUGUCAGGCCCUAUUAUCUAUGGGUUACCGAAUUAACCGUGUCUUUUUCUAUCAAUACAACAUAUGCCCUUUUGCCUGAUACUUCCUAUGUUAUAUUACCUGAUACAUUCUAUGCCUCCCUACGUUUGAUUCAUCUCAACCGCCUUUCUCUUUGUCGUGUCCAGAUAAAUAUGCACCCUCAGCCAGCCGUGAUUGAUGCUAUUCGCCACCAGAUGACUUUAUUAGACAGUCUUGAUUUAUUUGAUUGUUCGCCGUCUACCCCAACAGUGUUCCUGAUGAAAGCAAUCCAAACCAGCCUACCAUUAACUAACCUCCGAGUAUCGGAAUGUUAUCUUAGUGACUUUCAUGUCCAACAUUUUGCUGCCUACUGUCCAGAGCUACAGAAUGUCCAACUCAGGAAGACUGGGUACCUGUCAGACAGUAGUAUCACAGCUCUUGCUAGUAACUGUCCAAAACUCGAAGCCCUCGCCAUUACCUUGCCCUCGAAUAUCGUACAAUCCAACACGAUCACUUUGGUAGCCAUUAAGUCCCUGGCAGAACAUUGCCCUCGUCUUAGACAGUUCAUCUGUCCAGGACAAACACGAAUUUCAGGACCACAAACCCAGGCUUUUAUUGAACAACAUUGCCCUUUGCUAAGAGAUUAUGAUUUUUCUUUAACAUUCUAA